UGUAGAAAUGACAGUGACGGUUGAUAGCCAAUAAAAACAUGAAAUAUUGAUGUUUGGUGUUGGUUAAUAUUGUGAUAUUUGGAUUUGGUUCAUUAUUUGUUUUCAGAUUUAUGAAUUUUGGAAUUAAAGUCCAAAAGAAAAAUGUCUAUCUCCGAUUUAAAACAUUCUUUAAGGAAGUUAGAGUUUCCAGCAUGCGCAAAAGAAGCAUUGUUAAAAAUUGAACAACUAUUGGUGGGAAGGGUUGCACCAACAAAUAAGCAAAUGGAUGCGGCAAUGGAAAUCGUUUCAGAAUUUGUGUUUUGUGAAGCAGACCGUCGCGGCGGCCGCCGAGGAGGAGGGCUUAACCCUCUCCAAGAAUUGCAGCUUAUCGACAUUAUUUGCGACUAUCUGUCUGCUUGUAAUAAUGAGACUACUAAGAAUACAAUAUUUCUAUCUUUAUUUGGAGGCAUGGAAAAUCAGCGGAAGUUAAAAAUAUUGUGUAUUUUGGCUAGUAUGGCUGUGUCUGCCUCUAGUACGCCCGUGCUCCUUGCAGUUGGUGUGUGGCUGCAACAGAUGGGAUGUUCGUCACCCCAGUCUUUGCAACUUGUAGAGAAUGUAAUUCGAGAUCAUUUCUAUCUUAACACAACAAACCAUGCAGCAUUGCAGUCCUUGGCCGGCACUGCUCCACAAUUUGUUUCAAACUUCAUCACAUCUGUCACAGAGCUGUACAUGAUAGAUGGUCAGAAUCCUGUAAAGUUGCCACCAAAGAAUCUUCUUGAGGUCAUUACAUUGUGGGUGUACACCACACCAACAUUAUGUACAUCAGCCCAGUUGAAUGCAGCAGCACUACCUAAUGGUGCAAUACCUAUGGCAGCUGUAACACCGUUUGCAGGACUUGUAAGAUGGUGUUCACUCGCACCACUGUAUAUUGAUCGAGAUGCUGAAAUGGUAGAAGUCCAAGUGAAAAAAAUAAAACUUGAAGGUGAGAGGACACUGAAAUCUACCACAAAGGCACACACAGAAUGGGAACUGUAUAUGCAGCUGCAGCUGGGAGUGUUGCAAAGCAUGCGUGCGUGGCGGCGUCGCGGACCGCCCGCCGCCCUCAAUGCACAGCGUAUCGCCGCCUUUACACACCCAAUCAGAGAGUACACACAGCGACUCAAAGAUCGGGGUUGUGAUAUAACCCAGGAUGAUAACUUGCAAGUAAGCCUUGACCGGAUUGGCCAGGCGGUUCAAGUGGCAUUGGCAAGCGGUUGUGUUUAUGGAAACAUUAACCACCUCUUAGCAGCACUGGAUUCUUUACCAGAGAAUAGGUUACUGAAAAUUGUUGUAAAGGCACAUCAACAGGCUAUCUGACAGGGGCUAUAU